AUGACAGCGAAGUCGCUCCCAGACUCACUGUGGCGUUUGCACAUUUCUGCGUCGUGUGAAAGUACGGCCAAAUGCUCGUCUCCUUUAAGACUCUGCACUGUGGAGCACCAAUCAUCGUCUCCAUCAACUACACCUAAGCAGCGUCGUCGCCUCGUGACAGCUGAUAGCGGCACAAAUCACACAGGGAAGGACUUCCGUUUGAGUGGUGGCAGUCGAGAAGAGUAA